GCCAAUGGUGAGCAUUUUAUUUGCUCAUGGGCAAAUUUGAUGGGAAAAUAAAAUGCUCACCAUUGUAGAAGGUGAGAAAAUUUGAUCAAGCCAAAAAAAGCCCAUGGGCAAAAUGAAAUUUGCCCAAAGAGUGAGCAUUUUCGUGUAGCUACAGUGAAGGAAGUGGGCCCCACAGCAUGUCAGACGCAAUUAAAAAAAUUUGGCUGGGCCCUUAUCAAAACGACGCGUUUUGAUGGAGUGGUCUGAAGGGCCGCUUCCAAAACGCGUCGUUUUGACGCUUAGAAAAUAAAAAAUAAAAAAUAAAAAUGGCAGAGGCGCGUCAGAGUUGCUGGCGAAUCAGAGCUCGCCACGUGUCGUGCGCAGGGGAUUGACCAAUGAGAAAAUACUAGCCGUUUACAACGGUAAUAUUAUUUGUAACUGAUUUUCCGAAAAAUAUAUUUAUUAAAAAAAAAAAUUACCAACGGUCAUAAAAUUAAAUUCUCUAUAAAUAGACAUGCAUUUUGAUAUGUUUUGAUAUAAUUUCGUAAUCACCUAAAAUCCUCCACUUUUUUAUUUUCUUAAGCAUUUUAAAUUUGUAGAAGAAUAUAUUUGUUGCAAAACAUCCAUAUUGAGAAUCUUUUAAUGGAUCCAAACAACCCAAAUUUCCGUCAACAAUUUUCUGGUUUUAGUGAUGAUUUACUAACUAAUCCCGAGUUUCAAUUGUUCUUGCAAAGAAUGGGCAAUACGUCUUUGCAACCACCUCCACAGUAUCAGACACCUACUCAGUUUCCCCUACGAAACCAUGUUAAUGAAGAAUGUACACCUGAAAUUGAACAUAAUAGCAACACACAAUUCGAUGACAGCGAAGAAGACAGCGUACCAGAGACGCCGCAAUAUCCUCCACCAGUUCCGGAACUGAAAUCCAACCAGGUUGUUGCACGAGCGACUCGAAUUUGGUCAGUUGCGGAAGAUGAAACUCUGAUUGGGUUGUACUUGGAGAUCAGCGAGAAUGCUAUUAAAGGCACGAGCCAGAAAGCAACUUCCCUUUGGCGCGAUGUACACGCAGCAUAUCAACUUGCUCAUGCGGAGAAGCCGCAUUUACUUCCACCAAGACCUAUGAAGAGUCUGACGUCGCACUGGAGAAGGUUGGCAGCAGACACACUACAGUGGAUAUCUUGCUAUGAUGAAGCAGGUAGACUUCCGGAGGGAGGGAGUGGUUACAACGAAGCUGACCGUAUAAAAAGUGCGUCGAAGCUUUUCCAUCUCGCCCAAGGUCGUAAUUUCGCUUUUCCUCACGCUGUUGAAAUGCUUAAUAGAGAUCCAAAGUGGAGGCCAAAGCUGAGAUGGUCCUUGUCAAAGGAGGAAAGAAAAGUUGUUCGUGAUGUUGAGGAGCAAGGUAGUGCUGGAAGUGGGAAGAGGUCCAGAGAUGAUGGAGGGGAUGAAACCCCUACGGAUGGUUUUUCAUCUGGAGGAAUACAACGACCCGAAGGUGUGAAGAAAGCAAAGGCCAAGCGUAAAGGGAAAGAAGUAGCUUCGGACAGUGGUUCGUCUGAGCUUAGCGAACGAAUGAAGGAAUUGGCAACAAUUCGCGAGAGGGAGGCCAUUCUGAAGGAAGAGCGGAUCAAAAUUGAAAGGGAGAAGGAACAGAGGAAAAGGGAGGAACUUGACAUUCAUAAGAUGAAAACCUGGUUUGAUAUGGUGCAAGCUAUGAAGAAUUCGCCUACGCCACUCACUCUUGAAGAAGAGUCGUACAAGAAUUUCUUACUGGGUAAAUUACAGGGCUUAUAAGCAUGUUUGGUUGUAGUAGGUGUACGCUUGUAUUAGUUAAGUUUUUAAUUAUGUGCAAUGUAGUCUUUUAAGUUUUUAAUUAUGCGCAAUGUAGUCUUUUAUGUUUAACAUGUAGUCACAUUUUUGUCAUUGUGUAGUCACAUGUUUCUGAAUUAACUUUGUCAGUAUGCUUUAACUUUAGGUCAUUCAUACCGACAUGGUGUAGUCACUUUUGUUCUGAAUUCACUUUGUCAAGAUUUGUCAUUGUCAACUAGCAUAGUAUACCUAUUCCGUGGCUGAAAAUUUGAAUGCUUUAGUUGGUGUGGUCAUUCAGAUUUGUAACCACAUAUUCAUUUGAUUUAUUUGCUAUAUAUAGUAGGCAUGGCACAUAUCCACAACCACACCAAUUCAGAAAAUUACAAUAUUAAUACAUGAUGUAUUCCAGACCAUCAUCAAGUUCAAGUUCAAGUUCAUCUUCAUCCAAUAAUGAAGAAUAUGAUCAACUCGUUGAUGAACUCUUCACAUACCAACCCACAUCUUUCCUCAUGCCCCAAACACAAUCCCAACGUACUUCAAAAUCACGUAGAGGGGGUACGAACAGAAGAGAUUGGGAAAUGGGACAUGCCAGGCUGUUCAAUGAUUAUUUUUCCGAUAAUCCUGUGUACAAUACCACCCAAUUUAGAAGAAGAUUUUGUAUGCAACGACCUUUGUUUUUACGUAUAAUGAACAAGGUCGUUGAAGGUGAUGUUUACUUCCAGCAGCGUAGGGAUGCAACUGGAAAGUUAGGCAUAUCACCUAUGCAAAAAUGUACAGCCGCGAUACGAAUGUUAGCCUAUGGCAUGGCUGCAGACGCUGUUGAUGAAUACGUUCGAAUCAGUCAGUCAACCGCUCGAGUUGCCCUACAACGUUUUUGUGCCGGGGUCAUUGACCAGUUCGGAACCGAGUACAUGCGAAACCCUACAACUGAUGAAUUGGCCCGGAUACUGCAUCAAAAUGAACUGCGUGGUUUUCCAGGCAUGAUAGGCAGCAUUGAUUGCAUGCAUUGGGAAUGGAAGAACUGUCCAACGGCUUGGAAAGCGCAGUACGCCGGUAGGAACAAGAAAGCAACGCUAAUACUGGAAGCCGUUGCGGAUCAGGAUUUAUGGAUAUGGCAUUCCUUCUUUGGUAUUCCCGGAUCUUGUAAUGAUCUUAAUGUGUUGUACCGUUCACCAGUGUUCGAUGAGGUUCUGCAUGGUCGAGCUCCUCCGGUAAAUUUUACGGUUAACGGCCAUGAAUACAACAUGGCUUAUUAUUUAGCCGACGGCAUUUAUCCGAAGUGGGCAACUUUUGUUCAGGGUAUCACAUUCCCUCAACUGGCCAAAGAUAAAAUGUUCGCUGACCACCAGGCUGCCGCUCGAAAGGACGUUGAAAGAGCUUUCGGUGUGUUGCAAGCUCGAUUUGCAAUAAUACGAAAACCGUCGCUGGCGUACGAUGAGGACAUACUGCGGGACAUAAUGAAAGCAUGUAUCAUUAUGCACAACAUGAUUGUUGAAGAUGAGCGCCACAACUACACUCGAGCCGAAGUUCUAAGAGCCUUCUACGAAGAAGAUCAACAAGAAUCAACACCAGCAUCAACAUCUACAACGCCACCGUUUGAAUUCAACGUAGGCCGACCUACCAACUUUGAUUUCAACGCAUUUCUACAGCGAAAAGCUUCCCUCCGUGACAGAGAAAUUCAUCUAUCUCUGAAACGUGAUUUAGUCGAACAUAUUUGGCAACACUACGGGCCACGUAAUUAGGGAGAAAUU